CCUCCACCAAUGGUCGGCAAGGCUCGAAUCACCCAGCGCAGGUCAUAUGACAGUGGCGGCGAUCCAGCCCGUUCUACAACGGUGGGUGGAGAGAGGGCAUGGAGUACUCACCUUUCAUCUUGUGCAGGUCCUUUCGGGGCACGGCUGCUUCGGAAGGUACCUGUGCAGGAUCGCUGGUAGAGAGCCUACUGAGGAGUGCCAUGAGUGUGGCAGUGCCAUGGAUACGGCGCAGCACACUUUGGCAGAGUGCCCAGCAUGGGAUGAGUCGCGAGAGACGCUCGUGACAGCAGUGGGGCAAGACCUCUCCCUGCCAGCCGUAGUCAGAGCCAUGGCGAACAGCGAUAGGUCUUGGAAAGCGGUAGAGUCCUUCUGCGAGGAGGUAAUGUCGCAGAAGGAGGCGGCGGAGCGCAUGAAAGAAGAUGAUUUGAGCUCUCAUGCCAUCCGUCGUAGGAGGGUUGGGCGUAGGCGAGUCGCCCACGACCGCCGCCUACCCCCUUGAGAGGGGCUCUCGGGCGAUGGACACGGGGAGUCUAUCGCCCGAAAAGAAACCAGUCCCCGAGUCGGGAGGCGCACUAUUGUGUUCCUAGUGUGCCUCAGACGGUGGGUAGGGACUAUAUUGGUCCCCCGAGGAGAGUCCUUAGUAGGCGCCGCUGGCCAGGUUGCGCGAACGUGUUUGGCCCCGUAACCUGACCAUCAGGCGAUGCGUGGAACGCCGUGGGGUUUUAGUCGGUAAAAGUCCGACAUAACCUCCGUGCCUCCCCGGGCGCGGUGGUAUCCAUGAGGAUUUCCCCACGAUAAAAAAAAAAAAAAAAAAAAAAAAAA